AUGUCCUUUACCCCUUCCAAGAUUCUCGUCUUCGGCGCCACGGGCAACAUUGGCCUGUUCAUCACCGAAGCCCUAUUGGACGCCAGCCCGGCAUUCGGCCAGAUCACCAUCUUCACAUCACCCUCUACGGUAGAGAACAAGGCGGCGCUGCUUGAGGGGUGGAAGAAGAAGGGCGCCAAGGUCAUCAGCGGCAACGUCGACAACAAUGACGAGGUUAAAGCUGCCUACAAGGAGCACGACACCGUCGUCUCGGCUCUGGGCCGGAACGUGAUUGAGAAGCAAAUCGACCUCAUCAAGCUGGCCGAGGAGACCGACUCUGUGAAGUGGUUCUUCCCCUCAGAGUACGGCACGGACAUCGAGUACGGCCCCAAGAGCCCCAACGAGAAGCCUCACCAGGCCAAGCUCAAGGUGCGCAAGUACAUCCGCGAGAACGUCAAGCGGCUCAAGUACACGUACCUGGUGACGGGACCGUACGUCGACAUGUACCUGUCUCUCGCCCCGGUGGCACCGGAGGCCGGUGGAUAUGAUGUCAAGACCAAGAAGGCCGUCUUGGUGGAAGAUGGCGAGGGAAAGGUCGGCUUGAUCACCAUGAAGGACGUUGGCAAAACCCUAGUCGCCUCGCUCAGACACCCUGAUGCGUCGUUCAACAAGGCCCUGAAGGUGCAGUCGUUCGUCGCGACACCGAAGCAGAUUCUGGCCGAGUUCGAGAAGCAGACGGGCGCAAAGUGGGAAACCUCCUACGUGCCGCUGAAGAAGCUCGAAGAGGCCGAGGAGAAGGCGUGGGCUGAUGGCAAGCCGUACGCGACCAUCUUCACCCUGCGCCGCAUCUGGGCCGAGGGCGGUACGCUGUACGAGAAGACGGACAACGAGAGCAUUGGCGUUGGGCCCAACGAUGUUGAGACUUUGGAGGUGGCUGUUGGACGGGCUUUGGGAAAGACCGACCCUUACCUGCUGCUACUGAUCUGUGUCUCGACGCUGGGCCCCCUGCAGUUCGGCUUCCAUCUGGCCGAGCUCAACGCGCCCCAAGAUGUCCUCACUUGCCGGAAGAAGUCGAUCCAGGCCAAGACGACCAUGCUGAAAUGGGUGCACUCCAAGUCGCCCGACACCGAGAGCUGGCUCCCCGACUGUAUUCCCAUGACCGAUGCCGUCUUCGCGACCGUUUCCUCGAUCUUCACCGUCGGCGGCCUGAUCGGUGCCCUCUGCGCCGGCCCCUUCUCCUCUAAGCGCGGCCGCCUCCCUGCGAUGCGCCUCACCGCGGUCUUUUACAUUAUUGGCGCUGUGAUCGAGACGCUUGCCGGCAACGCGCCAGUCCUGUCGAUUGGCCGCUUCUUUACUGGUGCUGCGGCCGGAGCCUCGACUGUCAUUGUGCCGUUGUACAUCAGCGAGAUUGCACCGCCCAAGGAGCGCGGCCUGUUCGGCGCCAUGACACAGGUUUCCAUCAACGUCGGCAUUCUGGGAGUCCAGACUCUGGGAUACUUCUUGAGCUACGGAAAGCAGUGGCGCUGGAUCCUGGCCGCUGGUGUGAUUGUUUCUCUGGCCCAGGCCUCGGGUCUGCUCCUUGUUCCCGAGAGCCCGGCUUGGCUUGCUGCCAACGGAGAUGCUCCAAAAGCCCGCCGCACCUUGCAGCGGAUCCGCGGCAAGGACUUCGACAUCAAGGAGGAGGUCGAGGCUUGGGACGCCGAUAAUGCCGUUGCUGAGGCGGAGGGUCUCUUGGCCCAGAGCGACGCUACGCCCCCGACUUCUCCAGGGCUUCCCAAGAAGACUUCGCCCGUCCACCUCGGCUUCUUUGAGGUUGUCAAGGAGCCACUGUACAGGCCCGCCAUCGCUGCUGUUGUCGGCAUCAUGUUUGCGCAACAACUGUGCGGUAUCAACUCGAUCAUCAUGUACUCCGUGUCCCUCCUGACGGACCUUCUCCCCGUCAGCUCUGCCCUGCUUACCAUUCUGAUCUCCGUUGUCAACCUGAUUACCACGGCUGCGUGCUCCCCGCUGCCCGACAAGCUUGGCCGAAAGAGGUGCAUCCUGAUUUCCAUCAUCGGCCAGGGCACCAGCUCCCUGAUCCUCGCUCUCUCGAUCAAGUUUGGCGUCAAGAUCUUGUCGGCGGUUUCCGUCGUGUCUUUUGUGGCCUUCUUCGCUGUUGGUCUUGGGCCAGUGCCCUUCAUUCUGGCGUCGGAGCUGGUCGGACAGGAGGCUGUUGGCGCCAUUCAGUCGUGGUCUUUGGGUGCGAAUUACGUAGCAACGUUCCUGGUUGCUCAAUUCUUCCCAAUUGUCAACAACUUCCUGAACCAACUGCUUGGCGGCGCAGGCUGGGUGUACUUCCUGUUUGCCGGAUUUGCGCUAUUGUUUGCGCUCUUCGUGUCUGUCAAGGUGCCGGAGACGCUUGGAAAGAAGGAUGCCGACGAAGUCUGGGGUCGGACCCGUCGCUUGGAUUAA